AUGAUGGACUCGGACUCGUCCGGUGCGGACUUCUGCAGGUUUUGCAGAUCGGAAGCGUCUUCUGACAGACCUCUGUUCCAUCCAUGUAUAUGUACAGGCUCAAUAAAAUGGAUCCAUCAAGAAUGUUUAGUUCAGUGGAUGCGAUAUUCGCGGAAAGAAAUAUGCGAAUUGUGUGGGCACCGGUUUUCAUUUAUGCCGAUAUAUUCGCCGGAUAUGCCGCGAAGAUUGCCCAUAAAGGAUGUUGUUGGCGGGCUUGUGACCUCAGUUGCUUCUGCUGUUAAAGACUGGUUACACUACACCCUUGUAGCACUCGCCUGGCUUGGUAUAGUACCUUUAACAGCAUGUCGAACAUACCGCUGUUUAUUUUCAGGGUCCUUAGACCCCGUAAUUUCAUUACCUUUUGAUAUUGUAUCAGCGGAAAACCUGGCCAAAGAUGUCUUCUCUGGAUGUUUUGUUGUAACAUGCACCUUAUUUGCUUUUGUUGGGUUGGUGUGGUUAAGAGAACAGAUAAUGCAUGGCGGUGGCCCUGAUUGGAUGGAACGGGAAAAUUUACCUCCUCUUGCUGUAGAUGAAAUCCUUUUAGAAGAUAAUAAUAAUGACCAUGUAAAUGAAGGGGCGGGUGAUGAUGGUGUGGCAAGAGAAGAACCAAAUGCCGAAGCUGGUGAUGACCCUUUAGUGGGUGAUGAAGCAAAUUGGAAUCCCAUGGAAUGGGAUCGAGCAGCGGCAGAGGAACUGACAUGGGCUCGACUGCUUGGUCUAGAUGGAUCGAUGGUUUUCCUAGAACAUGUAUUUUGGGUGGUGUCGUUAAACACAUUGUUCAUUGUUGUGUUUGCCUUUUGCCCAUACCAUAUUGGCAAAUUGGGGGCAGCAAUGGCUGGUUUAGCUGCGGAAGGACCUUUUGCUGGGUUGUUAACAGCAUUGGCGGGAUAUGUGAUUGUAGGAGCCAUACUUGCAGUGCUACAUGGUAUGGCAUCUCUACUUAGACUGAGAAGUGCGAAAAAAGCAUUAGGAUUUUGCUAUGUGGUAGUGAAAGUGGCAUUAUUAUCUGUUGUAGAAAUUGGUGUAAUACCGCUAGUUUGCGGCUGGUGGCUAGAUUUGUGUUCUUUAUCGAUGUUUGAUGCAACUCUCAAGGAUAGAGAGUCGAGUCUUCAGGCUGCGCCAUGGACUUUAAUGUUCAUCCAUUGGCUUGUCGGAAUGGUCUAUGUUUACUACUUUGCUUCCUUCAUCCUAUUAUUGAGAGAAGUGCUAAGACCCGGCGUUUUAUGGUUUUUGAAAAAUCUGAAUGAUCCCGAUUUCAGUCCGGUGCAGGAAAUGAUUCAUCUCUCGGUGUGGUCUCACAUACGCCGUCUUGUUGUAUCCGCUAUGGUUUUCGGCACGGCCGUACUAUUCAUGUUAUGGCUUCCUAUACGUGUAAUCAAAUACGUUCUACCCGGCUUCCUACCUUACGCGGUUGCCGUGCACACCGAUGCACCGGUCAAUGAACUCAGUUUGGAGCUUUUAUUGCUACAGGUGAUCCUACCAGCUUUGCUGGAACAGUCUCACACCAGGACAUGGUUGAAGGCCGGUCUACGUGCGUGGUGCGGCUGCGCUGCGGGUCUGCUAGGACUUCGCUCUUACUUACUGGGCGAGGCGUCGAGAGAGAACGAGCCUCACCCACCACCACACCCACCACAUCAGUUAGGAGCCGCUCAUAGGGCUCUAAUAUGGCGAGAUGGACCGGCUGGUUUCGAGCCUUACGUUCGCGUGUCCUGGUUUCCUCUACGUCUCGGAGCAUUAUUGGCGCUCGUGUCUGUGUCCUUGGUGUUAGCCAGCGCUCUUACAUUGGUUAUACCAGUAGCCAUUGGUAGAAAAGUUAUGACAAUCUGGCUACCAAAGGCAUCAGAGGGAGUUCACGAGCUAUACACCGCCGCGUGCGGUAUGUAUGUGUGUUGGGCGGUUGGUCGAGGUGGUGCGCUAGCCGCUGGGUGGGCUCGAGGCGGUCGUGCGGCACUACUGGCUCGUGCGGCACUAUGGACCAGGCGGGCGGCACGAGCGGCACUAGCGGCACUCGCGCUGCUGGGAUUAGUGCCGCUCAUGUUCGGACUGCUUCUAGAACUGGUCCUAGUAAUUCCUCUCAGGGUUCCCUUGGAGCAGUCUCCGGUACUGUUUGUAUGGCAGGACUGGGCUCUUGGUGUUCUGUACACUAAGAUAGUCUGUGCUCUCACUAUGAUGGGACCCGAUUGGAGUAUGAGACGAGCUAUUGAGAAAGCUUAUAGAGACGGCAUCAGAGAAAUGGAUUUGCAAUUUAUCCUGCGCUCGGUUGCCGCGCCACUGGUCCGCUGGCUGGGUCUCGCGUUGGCUGUACCGUACGUGCUCGCACACAGUGUGGCGCCACUUGUACUGAGUGCGCACGCGCAGAGGAACCUGCUGGUGCGCCGGGUGUACCCCGCCCUGUUACUCAUAGCAUUGCUGGCUGCACUCGCCCUCUUCCAGAUUCGUCAAUUCACAAAACUGUACGAGCACAUAAAGAACGACAAAUACCUGGUGGGCCAGCGGCUCGUGAACUAUGAUCACCGGCGACACAAACACACGGAAAUGAUUCAUCUCUCAGUGUGGUCUCACAUACGUCGUCUUGUUGUAUCCGCUAUGGUUUUCGGCACGGCCGUACUAUUCAUGUUAUGGCUUCCUAUACGUGUAAUCAAAUACGUUCUACCCGGCUUCUUGCCUUACGCGGUUGCUGUACACACCGAUGCACCGGUCAAUGAACUCAGUUUGGAGCUUUUAUUGCUACAGGUGAUCCUACCGGCUUUACUGGAGCAGUCUCACACCAGGACAUGGUUGAAGGCCGGUCUACGCGCGUGGUGCGGCUGA